CACGGCAUUGCGCUCCUCAAAGAGCAAGUACUACAACUGAGCUGUCUCGCCCCGAAAUCAUCGUUGCUAACUACUAUCAUCCUGCUGUAGAACUACCGUCCUCCUGCCUAUCGCUCUUCGUACUCGACCGCAAGUCUCUUCUGUCUCCUCCUGAGGGCCCGUUGUGGGAACUGGAAAGGUCCUUGAAGCACAACGACGAUGGCGGAAAAUCACACCAUGCCGCAGUUGACAACGCAAGCUGUACAUCCGCCUCUUCCAAGCCCCAGCUUCACGCUUAUACCAGCAUCUCCUUCCAGGCUGGAGACAUCUAUACGCUCCGAAGAGGCACCUUCAGAGACAACAUUGGUUCAGGAAACCCUCCCACAAACUCCACAGAAAGCGUUGCAAACACCCCUUCAUAGCCUUGACCUAGAGCAGCAAAGCUAUGAUUCUCAAGAUGGCACGGGUAGCUUCCAGGGACUCUACUAGUGGCAGAAAGAAACGGACAGUGACAUAGGAGCGCCAAAGCCAAACUUGCGGACCAUUGCAGACAUCUGCUGCAGCAUAUUUCUGAUCCUAGUGGCGCUAUUGGGUAUGGUUAUCUUCUUCUACUUUCUUUCUGGACGUUAUUUCCACUCGUGAUGCAGAGGCUACCAGUUGGAACAACGCUGCGUUGGUUCUGUUGGACAAUAGGUAUCGGGGUCACAGAACACAAACCUGAUGCGAGGUAAUACUCAACUCGCAGUUAUAUCUCUACCUAAUAGACCUAAGUAAUAGUAAUCGACAUUAUUCACUGCACCC